GGAGGUCUUCCUCUGUUCUGGAUGUUAUCCCUUUGGCUUUGAUCUGUGGGGGAGAAUGGUGCCGGGAGCGCUGUCCUGGCAGCUGCUGGCUGCUCCCAGUUAGGACUUCUCCAGCUGAGGUUGUGUGUUGCCACUCUCCCUAGACGUCCUCAGGCCACUCAGGUCACGUGUCCAGGUCCUGGGCAGGUGUGGGGCUCCCGUUGAUCUGCUGCUGCCGUGUGGGCCAUGGUGCUGCACGGCUGCGAAGCACGGAGUCCUUCGUGUCCUAAGAUGAUGACCCUUAGAUGGAGCCGGAGCCCCCCUGCUUCCCGGGGUUGUCAUGGAAUGGGGUUUGCAUGGGACCUUCUAGAUGUUUUGUUGUACAGCUCUGGAAAUAGCCUGGGCAUCUCAGGGUGCGUCGUGGUGCUGCCAGGCUGUACCCAUCCGUGCUGGAGAGUGCAUAUCCGGGGCGGACCUGUGGCGGCGGGCCCAUACCCCUGGGGCCUGCAGGGCAUUGCCGGUGUCCCUUGGUGCGUGUGUCCCUCGUCUGCCACUAGCAUCCCCCACAGUCCCCCUACUCUCUUGGUCCCUGUGCUCCCAACUGCACAUGGAAAUGUCAAACAGUAGACAAAAUAUAAAAUAUACGGAACAGAGGAAAAAACACACCCCAUCACUCAGCCUCUAUGGGCUAAGAGCCCCGAAUAUUAGCUGUUGUCCUUUGCAUGUGUUGUCUUUGGUGAGGGGGUCCUGCUGGGCCACCCCCAUGGGCUCUGGAGCCAGACAUGUGGCUGAGGUCUUGGGUCUGUGACGUGAGGCUCCGAAACGCUCACGCGAGUGCUGCAUGCCGACCACGGAGAGCAGGCAUUUCGACUCAGGAGAACGUUCUGGCCCAUGUCCACCACACCUGUGUGCAACCCACCGUGGGGUGGCCUGCUGCCGCCCCGGGGAGGCUGGAUCCCAUUCCGCACGCAUGCUGCCCACUUGGGUUUCCUCCUCUGGACCGCUGCUUCGCCUGCCCCCCCCCCCCUUUUCUCCCGGGCUUUGCUCUCGCUGGUCACACGGGGCCUUUGUUUCCUGCCACGCGUGUCGGCAGUCAUUUCCUAGGCGGCUGCUGGCUUCGUACUCUGGCGUCUUGUUGAAGAAAUCCUUCCUGUGGUCAAGUGCACGGUACGCAUUCACCUUUCCCUCCUCUGCUGCCUUCCCAUUAGUCCAUCCAGGAGUCCGGUGCUUGCUUCUGACCCCCCGGUCUGCGGUUCCCGUGAAAGUGCUGUAGAUGCUGGUGGCCAGCACUCUGCCCCCCCGGGGUGGGUGCCCACUCGUCUGUCCCUCGGGGCGAGCACCCAGGGGUGCAGACCUGUCCUGUGGCCCCACAGUCCGUGUUACUACAGCUGUAGAAUAAUUCUUCAUUUCCAGGAAGGGACACAGCCCAACUUUGUCCUUCAGGAAAAUCUUGGCCGUUUGCCCUUAUGUAUAAAUACUAGGUGUUUAUGGCUGGGGUCAGGACAGGAAUGAUACUGUGACGCGCUGGAUUUCUGGACUUCUUGUGAUGCAAGUUUCAAGUUACGAACUUGCCACUUGUCCAGCAUUAGGUCUCUGCUGCUCUCUGUGUUGGCUAAAACCCAACUCUGACGCUGAGUACCCCUGUCCAUGCGGCCCUGCAGCUGGAGGGCUCGCUCCCCAGCAAGACCGCCCUGGUCCGCGGGCUCCCGCAGGGGGCGUCCGUGCGACCGGUGUGGGCUGUGGUGGUGGCCCGCCUGGCUGCAACAGCAGACGGUCCUGUUGACCUCUCUCGCUCAGUCACUCACGAGAUGGCUCCUAGAAUGCUGAGAUGUGCUGCCGUUGGGAUUUUAUAGUUUGAUUAUAAAGGGUACAAAGCAGGGCCCCAGGGCGAGGCCUGGGGAGCCCGGAGCGCUGAGCCGCGUGCUCUCUGGAACGCCAUGUGUCACCCUCCUGGCCCAUCUGAGCCAGCGCUGACGUGCAGUGGGGUGUCAUUGCGUCGUCCCUGGGAUUGCUGGCCAUGUGCGCGGUGUGACCAUCCCCCUUGUGUCAACCCCCGUGUGGCAGCAGCUCCUGGGAACGACAGUCCGCACCCCACCCCGUGGGGAGUUUCAAGGGCUCCAAGGCUCCCUGCGCGAACUAGGGAGAUGGCAAGCAGGCCACCGGACAGCAGAUGCCUUCCCACCGGGUGCUGACUCUCUCCCCGGGGGCCAGCUCUUGGAACGUCCAGUACCUGGUACUUGGUCCUUUGACGCGGCUAUAAAUGGUGUCUCUUUAAAUCACUCCAGGGUCAGGAACGUAGAGCAGUGCAGUCAGCUUUGCUCCCGGGAAUCCGCUCAUCCCUGCCUGAGCUCCAUAUCCUUUGUGAACCUUCUAUGGUCCCGCUGCUGGGACUUUUGUUCCCUGGGUCUCCUGUGUUGAGGUGAGGAGAGCAGGACCACGGCCCUCGUCCCCAACCUCACUGACGGUUUCCCGAGUGCAGCCGCUGUGGUCGAGGCCGAGCUGCUCUGGGGGGUUCAGUGUGAACAGACCAAAGCCUCUGCCCUCGUGGAGCUUCUGUCCGGGUGGAGGAAGCACUGGAGAAAGGCAAGAAGCAGAAAGUGUGGGGGCUGGGCAGGCCUUGCUGAGGUGGUGCUGUGAGCAACUGAAGGCUCGAAGGAGCCAGCCUUACAGAUACCUGGAGAGAAAAGAAAGUGCCAAGGCCCUGGGGCAGGGCUUUGGCUAAGGCGUGGGGAGCGGCAGAUGGGACAUGGGAGCACCUUGGCAUCCACCCGAAGAUGUGUGCUGGCGGGCAGAGGGCGCCUCUACCAGCAUUUCUCUGAGGGCCGUGGUGGGGCUGCCGGAGAGGUGAAGGGCUUCCCAGUGAGCUGAGCGGGAGGCCCCCCCAGUGAGCUGAGCCGGAGGCCCCAGCCUCUGCCCCAGCUGGGAUCUGAGCUGUGCGUGCAGGGUUGCGGGGAGACAGAAAGGGGCCCAUAGAAGGCCCAUGGGGCUGGGUUUGGGCAAGUGGAGGUCGAGUUGCCUGUGAAGCACCCCGAGGUGGGGGGCAGUGGGCAGAGGAACGUCAGGGUAGGUUGAGGCUGGAAAUGCACCCUAGGGGGUCGCCAGCAUGCAGGGGAGUCCUGCAGGCAGGAGGUGCUCACUGGGCAGUGAGGUCAGGAUGGCGGGUGCUGGAGAGGUGCCAGGAGGAGGGGCAGGUGUGCGGGACAGAAGUUUGGCCAGAAGUCACCCCAGAUGGGAGCUGGGUCUCCUCACAUAGUCUCCUUUGGUGGAUUCUGCACAGUUAUGUUCUCGACGUGCCGUCUCCACGGGGCUCCCGCUGCUGGCCGGGCGUAGACGCCUUCUUGCAGAAGCCCAUCUGCUGUUGGCAGAUAAUAAAGGGACUGGAGUGUUUGCUCUUUGCGAGUCUGAAGAAGGUAAAUUCUAGUAUGAGCCUGAUGUUUUCAACAGUUACAGGGCUGUUACUUCUCUUGUUCUUCAGCCACUUGGGGAGGGGUCUUUCUUUCCAGUAUUUUCUUUUUUUUAAAAGAUCUUAAGUCCUCUCCACACCCACCACAGGGCUCAAACCCAAAACCCUGAGGUCCAACCACAUGCUCCGCCGACUGAGCAGGCCAGGCGCCCCUCUUUUUUUCAGAAGGGUCUGGGGUGCCCUCCCGCUCCCUGACAUCUUGCUGUGGCUCCUACCUUCUCAGCUCCUCGGGGCUGUCAUCUUUCUGAACAAGAAGGUGAAGCUGGAAGCUCACCCGAAGCGUCCGGCGUGAAGUGCUGAGUGUGACUGAGGGGACUUCCGUGGUUUCUCUCCUUCGUGUCUUCCCUGCCAUGGACUGACUUCCCGUCGGGCAUGAGCACAGAGCCCGGGCGUCUGCCGCCCUUGCUCCUGAGUCCCGACCCAGGGCCCCUGAUGCCCUCAGAGGGGUUUUAUUUGGAAGUAUUUCUUUAGGGCUCUGUGACCCGUUUUCCUCUGGGCGGGGGGGGGUCUGUCUGCUCUUGGACGUGGCCCUGGGUCCCGUGCUGGUCCCGUGUGGUGCACUUCUCUGCAGCUAGGAAAUCGCUCGGGCUUUACCAAUCUUAAAAAUGUUUUAUUAGGUGAGGAUCCCAGCAGUGACCCAAGUGUACAGUUCAGGGGCACUGAGCACUCCCACACUCCUAGUAACCCCACGCUUUUCAUCAUUAAUUGGUCAGUAAAACCGUAAAAGGUUUCUCCUGGUUCACUUACUUCUACGGACGCUGAUUGUGAGUUGGAGCAGCAGAGAGGCCUGGGAAGAACUGGAUCUUGGUUGGUCUAGGACAGAGUCUGGUGUAGGGGCUGCACCCCUGUGUGAGUCCAAGACUGUGUGUGAAGGGUCCGCCCUUAGCAGAGGUGGGGGUCAAGCCCAUGUGGGGUCCCACUGUAGCCAGGUGGGUGUUGGGGGGGUGGAGAGGAGACAGGACACUGCGUCUGUUCCUUCCCUGGCCCAGAGAGGUUUCUCAUCUGUCAGCUAAUAUAAGUUGGAACCCAACUUCUUAAUAAGCUUCUGUUGAAGCAAUGAAUGUCUCGGGUCUAGUCUGGGGCAGAGGGGUGGGGGGUGGGGGACGGGCUGUCACUGGGAAAAAAGAAUACUGCUUUACACUUGACCCCGUAAGUAACACCGUAAUUCAGAAAUUGAAAGGAAAAUAGGUAACGUCACAAAAAUUAGAUUUUUUUUUUUUAAAUUAAAAAAAUUUUGAGAGCACGUGAGCAAGCCGGCGGAAGGGUGCAGAGGGAGAGAAUCUCAAACAAAAUCCCCCCCUUCCCGAAUGUGAAGCCCAAUGUGGGGCUCAGUCUUGUGACCCUGAGAUCAUGACCUGAGCCGAAACCAAGAAUCCUGAUGCUUAACCGACUGAGCCACCCAGGCACCCUAAGAAACAGAGAUUUAAAUUCUCCCGAAGAGGUAGACAGCCUGGAUGACCCAUCACCAAGGACGCAGGAGGCGCAGAGUGCACGCUUCCCCCACGGAAUCACCUGUGUUCAGAACAGCCCACCCAUGUGGCAUUCUUCAGCACAGACCACAGCGUAAGCCACACAACUAGUCAUUGUGAAUUUUAAAAGACCAAAACAAUGAAGUAUGUUCGUUAACUCCAGCAGAAUUAUUUCCCCGCGGCAGAAUGAAGUCUGGACGCCCCCGCCUCCGGAAAGAACAACUCUCUGAACAGCAUGUGGGUCAGGAGGAGUGAAAAUUGAAAGUACACCAAUGUUUGUGGGACACAGCAAAGCCCAGAGCCUCACACAUCUGCACAGAAAAGAAGGCCUCUAUCUUAAAAACUAGAGAAAAGAGCAAACAAAACACAAAGAAGAAAAAGGAAAAUCAGCAAAAGAGAAAACAGAAAACCCAAAAGUUCUUUGAAAAGAUCACGAAGUUGACAAACCCACAGUUAGACUGGCCAACAAAGAACACACAUCACCAAAAUCACGUGGGAGAGGGGACAGCGCUACCCCUCCCCUCACGGAACUAAGCGUCAGGACUCUCAGGGAAUGUUAGGAAAACAACCCUGGCCAGUUCCUAGAAAGGCACAAAUCACGUAAAUGGACUCAGAAGGAAACAGUAAAUCAGAAUAGACUGUAGCAAGAAAUCAAACUGAUACGAGGUCUGAAGUCUUCAUGCAGAGGAAGAGCCCAGCAGCUCCACCGAGCAUUCUGUCCAUGACACCACUCACUCACAAACUAGGAAAAAAACAGAGGGAGCUUCCCCACCCCUCCUGAGAGGCGAGUGUUGUCCCGACACCAAAGCCACAGACGUCACGAAAGAAGACUAGAGAUCAGUGUCCCUUGUGAACCGUGAGAUGUCAAAUUCGCAACAAAAGAUCAGUAACCCAAGUACGGCAACAUCAUGCAGCAUGACCAAAUAUUUAUCACAGGAAUGUCAGUCGGCUAGACAUGCAACAAUCAACAAACAUUGUAGCCCAUCCUCAUGGAGUAAAGGACAAAAUCCACAGGAUCAGCUCAAUGGAAGCAGCAAAACACUGGACAAACCCAAACACACCCAUAAGAAGUGUCCAAUCACGAACAGAAGGCAGCUUCCUGGGCCUCAGGAUAAAAGACACCCGCAUGAAGGUCUCAACAGCAGAGCAUCCGAUGGCGACAGACCUGGUGCUCGAGGCAGUAAGUCAGACCCCAGCCGCUCCAGACUCACAGUGCCUGCCGGGCUGCUUCCUCCUGGAGGCCCCGGAGAGCCUGCUUCCCCGCCCAGUCCUCCUGCCAGAGGUGCCCUCGUUCCUUGGCUCCUGAUGUCCUUCCCAUAUAUUCCAACACCAGCAGCUGUGGGUGGAAGCCUCCCAUGGUCUCCCACCUGCCCCCGGAGCCCCCUCUUCCACUGUUAAGGACCUCUGUAAUGACACUGGGUCCACCUCGAAAAUCCACGUUAGUCCCACUGUCUGGGCCAGCCGAUUAGCAACCUCUACUCCCUUUUGCGGUGUGGCUGAACACGGUCGUGAUUGUAGAGGUGAGGACGGCUAUCCCUCUGAGAGCAUUAUUCUGUCACAGUGUCCGAAUUCAUGGUGACCGACUGAACACUCACCUCUAAAACCAGGAGUGAGGCGAGGCAUGUCUGCACUUGCCCCUGUACUCGGCGUGGUACUGGACGUGCAGUAAGACCAAAGAAACCACAAAAAAACCACAAUAGAAUGCAAACUAGAAAGGAAGAAGGAAAAAUGUCCUUAUUCAUAGACUAGAUGACCCCAUAAGGAGCUAAUCCUAGGGAUCCAGAUAUACGUACGAACCCAGGACUGAUAAGUUUGUUUAGCCAAGUCCAGGAUACAAGAUUAGUGAAAAAAAAAAUCCAUUCUAUUUCUACAUGCUAAUAACUGGAAAUGGAAUUAAGAUGAUUCCAUUCACGGUAACGCAAAAACUAAUAAAAUACUUAGAAAUUACUUUAUCGGAAACAGUGCAAGAUUUAUAAAGAUCUAAGUAAAUGGAAAGGUGCUCUGUAUCCCUUGAUUAAAAGAUUUUUGUGAUCCAGUGUGAGGCACACAGAAAGCAUGAGCCAGAAAAGAAAAAAAUAAUAGAGUGGAACUUAGUCAAAAUAAACUUUUGCAUUUUAAGAGACAGUAUGUCUUUUUUUUUUUUCUCAAAGUAGGCUCUACAGCCAGCAUGGAGCCCCAUGCGGGGCUUGAACUCACGACCCGGAGAUGGAGACCUGAGCUGAGAUCAAGAGUCUGACGCUUAACUGACUGAGCCACCCAGGUGCCCCAUUUUUUAAAAUAUGGAUAACCCAUAAACUGAGAAAAAUAUUUGCAAAUAUUAUACCUGAUGACCUAUAAUCCAUAAAGUCUUGGAACUCAGAAAACUUAAGAGCGAGCGAGACUUAGAUAGAGCUCGCACCCAGGACGACAGAGCUGAGCGCCCUGGGAAACGGUGCUGAGCGUUAGUUGUCAGACACAGACUCAGAAUAGCCGGGCGUGUAAAACUGCACGCCCAAUGCUGGGCAGGAUGUGCAACCACUGGAACGCUCGUACUUCCAAAGAUUUUUAAAAAGUUAGACCUAAGGGGUGCCUGGCAGGCUCAGUCAGUGGAGUGUGCAGCUCUGGAUCUUGGGGUCGUGAGUUUGAGCCCCACGUUGGGUGCAGAGAUGACUUAAAAUCUUUAAAAGUUACACCUAAAUACCACGUGAGCCAGCAACUCCACUUGUAAGAAUCUACCCAAGAAGCAUGAAACACGUCCAUAUGAAGAGUCGUAGACAAAUGCUGGCAACAAUGUCCCAGUAGCCCCCAGAUGGAACAAUCCAGACGUCUGUCAGCUCAGCGGGUGAACGGAUCCAGCGGCGGCCCAUCCCUGCCAUGGCCUGCUGUUCGGCCACAGCUCGGCUCGAAGGACUCCAGGCUGCUAUGUGGGUGAGCGCAGAAAGCCCGCCCACUGGCCACGGGGAGACCCACGAGCUCCCGAGGCUGGAGCAGGGGGCCGUGUACCUGGUCCCAGUAAGGCCAUUUUAGGGGAGGACUGUCGGUGGCGGCGUCGCACUUGUCAACGCCCUUCAGAAGUUCUCAGCCUAUACAGACGGAAGGAAAGUGGAACAGAGGAAGACAAGAGGGAACAGUAUCAAAAAGUUAGAAGCCAUCCAGGAAAAACUCCACAGCGUGCACAAGAUCGUGACAGAGGCGUAUGGAAAUGCUGAGCGACACCAGGGGAGCUCUGAGGAGGAGACUGUGCACCACGUGCGGGGGCGUGGGGUCCGUCCUGCACAAACUUCGGCACAACCCACACUCCCACAGGCUCUGGUUUCGGUUCAGACACUGGCGAGCUGCUUGCUCGGCCUAGGAGGGCUCGCACGGGGUCCUGCACACGUUCCCCCACCCCCAGGCUCGUGGGCAGGGGACCCAACGUGUUCCCAGGGUGCUUCAAGAGCAUUAUGUUUAAGUCCACGUGCCAUAGUGGCCGUGAAGCCACCAAGACUGAGAAGUCCAGCUCAACGCAGAACGUCUUGGGAAACCGUGUUAAAAUGAACUCUUGCCAGAAAUGACGGAGAGAGCGGAAAGGCACGCUCCGGGGCACAAGGAUACGCUGCCCACGUACGCCUGGUGAAGGACUUGCAUCCCUCCCCCACCCGCCCACCGCCGGCCGAUGAGCCUGAGGGGCCGUGGUCCCGCUGGUGUUGGGAGAAGACCAACGGAAGGAAAGCCACCAUCCACUCACCUUCGGGCCUUGGGAACAGACAGAGUGGCGGUGGGGUGUGCAGGACACUCCUCGGCCCCAGAAUGUGGUGACCUGCUAACUACUUGGGAAGGCUCGACCUCACCUGCCGAGAAGACACGCACCUGGAUCCCAGUAAGUCCACCGAGGGCCCACAAGCUCGCGGCACUGUCCACGGGCAGUAGGUGGGUGAGUGCAUCCUAAGGCGCGAGCGAGGAUGUGGGGACAGCUGUGUGUACGAGCUGGCUGAAUCGCACGUCACACAAGCAGCCAGACCCGGCGCUUGCGUGGGUCCCCACACACCUGACGCCAGACGCCUCGGGGAGACCCUCAGGGGGCCGACUCCCUGAGUGGUGGGGGCUGACUACGGGUGUUGCUGCAGCGAGCACUCGCCCCAGCGGCCAGGUCCCGUGGAGUGUUUCGGCCAUGCAGGCCCAGCCGGGGUUUACAGAAAGAGCCCUGUCCCCUCCUGCCGCACACCCUCCCUUCCCAGCCGGGCCGAGAGCUUGGCGGAACGUGCUGAGUCGGCACUUUGUGCUCUGUAAACGCGUGUUUACCGUGUCAAUUUCUGGGCGUGCACUUUCUCUGGCAGAUCUAUAAUUUCUCAGAACAGAGGCUGAGAACCGACCUGGAAAUCAAUCAAAGCUCAAUAAAGGGACAGAUAAAGCCGCCCCCACCCCUGGCACCAGGAGCUGUGGGCCAGACAGGGGCGAAGCGGGGGUGGGGGGAACGGAGAGGGGUGCUGUAGCUGCCCCCAAGCCCUCCCUGCCGCGCUGCCUCCGCCUGGCCAGGAAGUACACUGCAGAGUCUCCCGAACCUCCACCAACCCCUUCUCUCAAGGGGAGCCCGGCCGUGCCCUCGUCCACUCGCCUCUGCCCUGCUGAUCAAGUCACCUCUUCCUGGGGGCUGGCCACGCGCAGUGCAGCCCUCCAGCCCUGCCUCUACCGAGGACCCCUCCCCGGCUGUGGCAGCCGCGCCCAGGGUGGGUGGAUGAGGGUGCGGCCGGGCUCCCUUUGCUCGAGCAGCCAGAGGCCAUGCUGGCUGUCAACUUUCUUCCCCGCCUGACCUGGGGCUGACCUCAGGCCAUGCACUGGGCGGUCAUCCUGUGCAGAACGGGCUGGUCAUGGCCCCCCAGGAGCUCUGGAGGACAGCUUGGGUCCCAGAGCAGGUGGAGGCUGGUUCUGUGGCCAUAAGACCUGGCCCCCAAGGCCAGGCCUCCCUCCACUCUUUCUGGGAGGGCAGUGCUAGGGAAAGCAAACACGAGGGGGCCGGGGGCCCUGCCGGGUGUUCCUAGAAAAGAUUGGGGGGAGGAGGAGUGGUCAGACACCAGCUGACCCUGAGGUCCCAGAAACAGGCUGGGCGGGGCCCCGCGGAGUCCUAAUGAGGACCCCACCCAGGUUGUUAGGAAAUGGGCAGGGGGAAGGAGGGGGGUGGUCAGCGUGCCAGUCCCAUCUCCCACUUAACUCCCACAUGGCCGUCUGCUGAGCGGGAGGUCCCCCACAGCUGUCGGAGGGGCCCCCACCCAGGGUCUGGGGGCCAGCCAAACCUGAAGGUGGCUUUGGGGUGAACAUGGCCCCCCAGCCUCUCCCCUGCGCCGUCUGCAUCCUGGGCAUUUGGGGCUGAUGCUGGGCGCCGGGCACGAGAGGGUUAAUGGAAUCCGGGCCAGUGGGGCUGGGCUGGGCUGGCCAGCGACAGGGUGCUGGCUGCCCCAGCAGUGAGGGAAUCAGAGGGCACGAGCAGCCGGCCCCAGCAGACGCACUCAGCUCGUGGCCCGCCUGUGGCCUUUCUGCACGCGGGAUGGCCCCGAUUAGAGGAGGCCUGGCCCUGGCCGUGCUGCUAGUCUGCUGGGCAGCGCUGGGCCCCUGCGGCCCCGAGGGAGCGGAGCCCGGGGCUCCGGGGGCCGCCGAGAGCCUGCAGUGCCCGGCCAUCUGCACCUGCGGCCACGACGACUACGUGGACGAGCUCAGCGUCUUCUGCAGCUCCCGGAACCUCACGCGGCUGCCCGACGCCAUCCCGGACGGUGCCAGGGCCCUGUGGCUGGACGGCAACAAUCUGUCCUCCGUCCCCGCGGCUGCCUUCCGCAAUCUCUCCGGCCUCGCCUUCCUCAACCUGCAGGGCAGCGGGCUGGCCAGCCUGGAGCCGCAGGCACUGCUCGGCCUGCAGCAGCUCCGGCACCUGCACCUGGAGCGGAACCAGCUGCGCGGUCUAGCGGCCCGCACCUUCCUGCACACGCCGGGCCUGGCCUCCCUCGGCCUCAGCAACAACCUGCUCGGCCGGGUGGACGAGGGCCUCUUCCAGGGCCUGGCCGGCCUCUGGGACCUCAACCUCGGCUGGAACAGCCUGGCCGUGCUCCCCGACGCCGCCUUCCAAGGCCUGGCUAACCUGCGCGAGCUGGUGCUGGCAGGCAACAAGCUGGCCUACCUGCAGCCCCCGCUCUUCUGCGGCCUGGCCGAGCUCCGCGAGCUGGACCUGAGCAGGAACGCCCUGCGGAGCGUCAAGGCCAACGUGUUCGUCAAGCUGCCCAAGCUCCAGAAGCUCUACCUGGACCACAACCUCAUCACUGCUGUGGCCCCCGGCGCCUUCCUGGGCAUGAAGGCGCUGCGCUGGCUAGACCUGUCACACAACCGCGUGGGCGGCCUCCUGGAGGACACCUUCCCCGGCCUGCUGGGCCUGCACGUCCUGCGCCUCUCGCACAACGCCAUUGCUGGCCUGCGGCCGCGCACCUUCAAAGACCUGCACUUCUUGGAGGAGCUGCAGCUCGGCCACAACCGCAUCUGGCAGCUGCCCGACAAGGCCUUCGAGGGCCUGGGCCAGCUGGAGGUGCUCACGCUCAACGACAACCAGAUCCGGGAGAUGGAGGCAGGCGCCUUCCUCGGCCUCCUCAGCGUGGCCGUCAUGAACCUCUCUGGGAACUGCCUGCGGACGCUCCCGCAGCAGGUGUUCCACGGCCUGGGCCGACUGCACAGCCUGCACCUGGAGCGCAGCUGCCUGGGCCGCAUCCGGCCGCACGCCUUCGCGGGCCUCUCGGGCCUGCGCCGCCUCUUCCUCAAGGACAACGGCAUUGUGGCCGUGGAGGAGGAGGGCCUGGGGGGGCUGGCGGAGCUGCUGGAGCUGGACCUCACAGCCAACCAGCUCACGCACCUGCCCGGCCAGGUCUUCCAGGGCCUCGGCAAGCUGGAGUACCUGCUCCUCUCCGGCAACCGGCUGGCGGCGCUGUCAGCGGACUCCCUGCGGCCCCUGCGGCGCGUCUUCUGGCUGGACGUCUCGCACAACCGCCUGGAGGCCCUGCCUGAGGCCGACCUGCCCCAACUGCGCUACCUGAGCCUCAGGAACAACUCCCUGCGGACCUUCACGCCACAGACCCCUGGCCUGGAGCGCCUGUGGCUCGAGGGCAACCCCUGGCACUGUGGCUGCCCCCUGCGGGCCCUGAGGGCGCUGGCCCUACAGCAGCCCAGCGUUGUCCCGCGCUUCAUGCAGGCCGUGCCGGAGGGGGACGACGGCCAGCCACCCGUGUACGCCUACAACAACAUCACCUGCGCCAGCCCCCCGGGCGUCUCGGGCCUCGACCUGCGUGACGUCGCCGAGGCUCACUUCGCUCACUGCUGACCGAGGCGCGCCUGGCCCGAUGCUGCCCCGGGGUCACAACGGCGUCCCCCUCGGGGCGGGGGGGGACACGGUACAGCCACGGGGUCCUGCUGGCGUGGGCACCGCCACCACACGGGCCCCGGCCCCUCAGCCGUCCCUCAUUAAAAGCCAUCUGA